CAUCACAAGAAGGGUCUUUGGACACCGAACUUCCGCAUCAGUCUUCAAACUUAGCUUCUCCCUAAAGUUAGGCGAGCGUCCUGCUCAGCACUGGGCUUGGAUCUCUGACAUGGAGGAUAUACUGUCAUUCUGGGAUGUGGUUAUUUAUUUCUCUGCAGAGGAGUGGGAUUGCCUGGGCCCUGCCCAAUGGAAAUUGUACAGAGAUGUGAUGUUGGAGAAUUACAACAACCUUGUGUUCCUGGGUCUUGCUUCCUGUAAGCCAUACCUGGUUACAUUUCUGGAGCAAAGACAAGAGCCUUGUGAUGUGAAGAGACAAGCAGGAGAUGCCAUGCAAGCAGGUAAAAAAUGCUACACAUGCAAAGAAUGUGGCAAAGCCUUUGAUUGGAAAUCAAAAUUUAGUAAGCAUCAAAGAAUUCAUUUAAGAUUGAAACCCUACAAGUGUGAACAAUGUGAUAAGGCCUUCCGUGUCCCAUCAUUACUAAGGGAUCACAAGAGAAUUCAUACAGGAGAGAAACCAUACAAGUGUGAAUUAUGUGCUAAGGCCUUCCAUGGUUCAUCAUUACUUAAUAAACACAAGAGAAUUCAUACUAGGGAAAAACCCUUCAGAUGUCAAGUAAGUGGAAAGGCCUUUCAUUUUUCAUCAGUACUUUCUGAACACAAGAAAAGUUAUAUUGGACAGAAACCCUACAAAUGUGAAGUAUGUGACAAGGCCUUCCGUUUUCCAUCAUUACUUUCUGAACACAAGAGAAUUCACACAGGAGAAAAACCCUACAAGUGUGAAAUAUGUAACAAGGCUUUCCAUGCACUAUCAUUACUUUCUGUACACAAGAGAAUUCACACAGGAGAGAAACCCUAUGAGUGUGAAGUAUGUAGCAAGGCCUUCCGUGUUCCAUCAUUACUUUCUAAACACAAAGUAAUUCAUACUGGAGAAAAACCCUACAAGUGUGAAGUGUGUGGCAAGGCCUUCCGUGAUCCAUCACUACUUUCAGUACACAAGAAAAUUCACACAGGUGUGAAACCCUACAUGUGUGAAGUAUGUGGCAAGGCCUUCCAUUAUCCAUCAAUACUUUCUAAGCAUAAGAGAAUUCACACAGGAGAGAAACCAUACAAGUGUGAAGUAUGUGGAAACGCCUUUCGUUUUCCAUCAUUACUUUCUGUACACAAGAGAAUUCAUACUGGAGAAAAACCCUACAGGUGUGAAGUAUGUGGCAAGGAUUUCCAUUGUCCAUCAUUACUCUCUAAACACAAGAGAAUUCAUACAGGAGUGAAACCCUACAUGUGUGAAGUAUGUGGCAAGGCUUUCCGUGCCCCAUCUGUGCUUUCUGUACAUAACAGAAUUCAUACGGGAGAAAAACCCUUUAAGUGUGAAGUAUGUGGCAAGGCCUUCCGCUGUCCAUCGUUACUUUCUAAACACAACAGAAUUCAUACAGGAGAAAAACUCUACAAGUGUGAAUUAUGUGGCAAGGCCUUCCAUUGCCCAUCAUUACUUUCUAAACACAAGAGAAUUCAUACAGGAGAGAAACACCACAAAUGUAAAGUAUGUGGCCUGGCCUUCCAUUGUCCUUCAUCACUUUCUGAACACAAGAGAAUUCAUACAGGUGAGAAGCCCUACAAUUGUGAAGUAUGUGGCGAGGCUUUUAGGACUUCCCGGAUUCUUUCUACUCACUUGAUAACCCAUUCUGGAGAGAAACCCUACAAGUGUGAAGAAUGUGGAAAAGCCUUCUCUACAAAAUCAUACUUAUGUCAGCACAAAUUUACUCACAAUGUGGAGAACCCUUUCAAAUGUAAAGAAUGUGGCAAAGUGCUCAAUAAUACUAAAAACUUUAAGGAUCACCAAAGAAUUCAUUCUGGAGAGAAACCCUACAGGUGUAAAGAGUGUGGCAAAGACUUUAGAAGUUCUACAGCACGUUCUAAACACCGGAUAAUUCAUACUGGAGAGAAACGUUACAAGUGUGAAGAAUGUGGCAAAAGCUAUUACCAGUCCUCUGGACUUAAGGAACAUCAAAAAAUUCAUUUAGAGAAACAACACAACUGUGAAGAGUGUGAAAAUGCCUUUAAAAUGGCAAGGCUUUCCGUGCCCCCAUCUGUGCUUUCUGUACAUAACAGAAUUCAUACGGGAGAAAAACCCUUUAAGUGUGAAGUAUGUGGCAAGGCCUUCCGCUGUCCAUCAUUACUUUCUAAACACAACAGAAUUCAUACAGGAGAAAAACUCUACAAGUGUGAAUUAUGUGGCAAGGCCUUCCAUUGCCCAUCAUUACUUUCUAAACACAAGAGAAUUCAUACAGGAGAGAAACACCACAAAUGUAAAGUAUGUGGCCUGGCCUUCCAUUGUCCAUCAUCACUUUCUGAACACAAGAGAAUUCAUACAGGUGAGAAGCCCUACAAUUGUGAAGUAUGUGGCGAGGCUUUUAGGACUUCCCGGAUUCUUUCUACUCACUUGAUAACCCAUUCUGGAGAGAAACCCUACAAGUGUGAAGAAUGUGGAAAAGCCUUCUCUACAAAAUCAUACUUAUGUCAGCACAAAUUUACUCACAAUGUGGAGAACCCUUUCAAAUGUAAAGAAUGUGGCAAAGUGCUCAAUAAUACUAAAAACUUUAAGGAUCACCAAAGAAUUCAUUCUGGAGAGAAACCCUACAGGUGUAAAGAGUGUGGCAAAGACUUUAGAAGUUCUACAGCACGUUCUAAACACCGGAUAAUUCAUACUGGAGAGAAACGUUACAAGUGUGAAGAAUGUGGCAAAAGCUAUUACCAGUCCUCUGGACUUAAGGAACAUCAAAAAAUUCAUUUGUGACAGAAACUUCACUUUGGGCGCCAUUUGUAGCUAGAGUUUUUUUGGGUCCUG